ACCGAUGGUGAACUUCGCUUCAUCAAGGCCAUCUUCGACAACAUGACCCAGAAGCCUGACGCCAACUGGGACGCUGUCGCCGCUACCCUCACUCUCAAGGACGCCAAGUGUGCCAAGGAGCGUUUCCGCCAGAUGUCUGUCCGUCACGGCUGGCGCGAGCAGAACGCCACCGGUGCCAGCCCUCGCAAGGGCAAGGCCGCUUCUGCUGCCGGAGGCGACGCAAAGGUCGCCAAGAAACCUCGCACCCCACGCAAGAAGGUCGUCAAGAAGGAUGACGACGAGGACACUGACGUCAAGUCCGAGGCUGAGGAGGAGGUCAAGAAGGAGGUCAAGUCCGAGGACAAGGAUGCCACCAUGGACGAGAGCGAGGAGUCUUAGGCUUGUACACGUGGGAUAUCUAUGCAGGACUCUGUUCCCUAAUGUGGUUGGGGUGGACGACCUAGUUAUGAACAUCUGGUUCAUCUAAGCAUGGAGGAUCGCGAUCGUAUUCAUCACGCAUAACAUCAGAAGACGAG